CACAAACUAGUCUUGUAUUCCUCCUUGGAUAUCGGCAUAUCAAGGACUAAAAGCUAGCUUCCACUCACCCAUGUGAGAGAGAAACAAAAGCUCUCUCUCUCUCCCUUUCUUCUUCCUCCUUUUCGCGCGGAUUGCAGAUCAUAGAACUUUUCUCGAGAAAAGAAUCUGCAAUGGCGCUCAUGAUCAUCUAUUCAGCCAUCAAUGGUUUAAAAUCCAUGUCGAAGCUCGCUCAUUUUGCUUCUUUUCUUGCUCUUUUUCUUCUCUUCUUCAGCCCUGAAUCAGCUGAUGCCUAUGAUUCUCUGGACCCCACUGGGAACAUAACCAUCAAAUGGGAUAUAAUGCAGUGGACUCCAGAUGGCUAUGUUGCCGUUGUUACCAUCAACAACUACCAGCAAUAUCGCCACAUUCAGUCGCCAGGAUGGAUAUUAGGAUGGACGUGGUCGAAGAAGGAGGUUAUAUGGUCUAUGGUUGGCGCACAAACUACCGAGCAGGGAGAUUGCUCGAAAUUUAAGGGAAAUAUUCCUCAUUGCUGCAAAAAAGAUCCAUCUGUUGUUGAUCUUCUGCCCGGAACUCCAUAUAAUAUGCAAAUAGCUAAUUGUUGCAAGGGUGGAGUGAUUAGUUCAUGGGUUCAAGAUCCACCUAAUGCUAUCAGCGCAUUUCAGCUCAGCGUCGGCUAUGCAGGUACAACAAACAAGACGGUUCGUGUGCCUAAGAAUUUUACGCUCAAAGCUCCCGGUCCCGGGUAUACUUGUGGAGCUGCGAAGAUUGUGAAGCAGAGCAAGUUUGUUACCUCCGAUGGAAGGAGAACAACACAAGCACUAAUGACAUGGAAUGUGACAUGCACCUAUUCUCAAUUUCUUUCCCAGAAGACUCCUUCAUGUUGUGUCUCUCUUUCUUCUUUCUACAACGAUACUAUCGUUAACUGUCCAACAUGUUCUUGUGGCUGCCAAAACAAUGUCACUCAUCCCGGGAGCUGUGUGGAGUAAGAAACUGCUUUAAU